CUUUAAAAUUAAACACUAGGUGGUGACUCCGCUUUUAAUAAAUCCAUUUCUUUUGUCAUUUCAGUUUGAAAACCAUUUUGAAUAAACUUAAAUAACAACAGGAAACACAUGUAUGGAGGAGAAUGGUGAAAAUGAGAAGAGUAGUUGUCUCUGGAUGCUACCGGAGGGUUGUAUUGCAGAGAUAUUGGGCUUGACAAGCCCUCUUGACGUGUGUCGCCUUUCCUUAGUCUGUAAAUCUGUCCAAUUUGCUGCUGAGUCUGAUACCGUUUGGAAAAAAUUUCUGCCAUCCGAUUAUCAGUCCAUCAUUGCCGGAUCACUCAGUCCAAUCCCAGAUUUCCGUUCUAAGAAGGAUCUUUAUGUUUAUCUCUGUCAUCAUUCCCUCUUAAUUGAUGGAGGUCGCAAGAGUUUCUCACUGGAUAAAUGGACUGGAAAGAAAUACUACUUUUUAGGUGCAAGGGAUCUCAAUAUUGUAUGGGGUGAUACACCAGAUUAUUGGACAUGGACUUGUCUACCCGAGUCCAGGUUUCCAGAGGUGGCUAAGCUCGAAUGGGUUUGUUGGCUUGAAAUUUGGGGCACAAUAAGAGCUGGGAGUCUGUCGCCAUUUACAUCCUAUGUAGCUUACCUUGUUUACAAGUUGGAAAACAAAUAUGGGUUUGAUUAUCGACCCUCAGAGGUUUCCGUUGGAAUUCCUGCCGUUGAAUCUGAAACCCGUUUUGCUUUUCUGGAUCCAAAUGUUGAGACUGAGUGUGAAUAUGGAGAAGAAGAAGAGCGGAUCCAAAGAGAGUUUGAUCUUCAAUACGAGGAGCUCGGGCUCGCGCCAUAUUGGCGUAAUGAUCCUAAUCUCACCUUUUCUGAUAUUCAACAUCCUAAACGUAGAGAUGAUGGCUGGUUUGAGAUAGAAUUGGGUGAGUUUUAUACUGAAAAUGAAGAUGAUUGCAUAGAAUUGCGUGUGCAUGAGGUGAAGGCGGGAAUUGCAAAGCAAGGGCUUAUAGUUGAAGGAAUUGAGAUAAGGCCUAGAAUUCGUUAA